AUGACAGAUGACGCAAUAUUGACACAUAUAAAAGCGAUUUUGAAUGAAGUGGCGACACGACCGACACUGAAUAAAUCAAUGAUUCCACCAUCGCUGGCGACACAGAUAACUGAAGAAAUGGCUGGGGUGACGAUGAUUGAUCCGAAGACGGAAUCGUUGGAUGAGGAAUAUCUCGUAUUACAUGAGAAAUCUUCGGGAAUUGAAUACAAUCAUUUGAAUGGAUCGUUCUCGUGCAAUUCGAGAUUCAGUGAUAACAACGACAUUCGACGGACGAACGAAUUGAAUAACUACGGACGUCAUCUUCACAUCGCCCCGCCCCCUGAUCCAGCAAAAGAGCCCAAAUCAUCGGAGACGUCGACGACGCCCCGCCCACCACCUCGUUCGACUCCUUUAACAACUAAACCAUCAGCAAAGUAUUGGAGUAAAAAGGGUGGAGAUCCACCUGUCGAUUGUGAGUGCUCAAUAUGUCACAAAAAGUUCUCGGCGCUGCGUGCUCUACUCGAUCACCGUCUUGAAGACCAUUCAGAAGAGGCGAUGUUGACGUGUGGAUUCUGUGAGAAGACGUUCUCCACUCGAACUCAUAUGUAUCUCCAUUUGAGUCAAGAAUACAAACUACAUCAUUGCACCGCCUGUAACAUCUCAUUUAGCAGUAAUUGGCACAAAGAAAAACAUAAUUGUCUUGACGCCGUGAUCCCUACCAAAAAAUCGAUAAUCGAUAAAUUUUCGAUCGAUAUUCCAGCUGGAGAAGUGAAAGAGGAGAUCGAUGAUGAUGAGACCUAUGGGAAUACUGUAGGCGCUGCGCUGAAAAAGGGAUUCUCGUGUGAUUUGUGUGGAAAACAGUACUAUCAUGAGCAUUGGAGCAUCAAACAUCGGGAGAAGUGCGCACGAAAAGUUCAAAAACAGACAUUGGAUGCGAAAGUGCAAGAAUUCAAAUGCUCCAUCUGCCUUCGUCAAUACAAUACUCAGUACUGGUUUGAUUGUCACAAGAAGAAAUGCUCGACCACGCCCACAUCUACCGUAAUCCUACCGUAUGACACCAAAGUGCGAUGCGAGUUGUGCGGAAAGAUGUUUCAACACGCCCGUUCGCUGGAAUUCCAUUUGAGACAUUGCCGCGCGAAACAGAAGAGAAAUGAGGCGGCACACGCGACGCGACACGCGACGCAACACGCGACGCAACACGCGACGCACCACUUUGAUAUGCCCAUUUUGGAGGAUAAUUCGAUGGCGAGCACCUCAUCGAUUAUCAAAAAACGACGGAUUCAGGAGGAUUCUGAUGACGUCGUCCCACCGAUUGUCGGCAUGUUUGGAGAGGAGGCGGAGCUUCCGAAAGGGGCGGAGCUUCCCGGAGGGGCGGAGUCUUGUGAGGAGGCGGAGCCUCAGGAGGACAGCGAUGACGAGGAGUAUAAGGGAACGAAUCCGUUUACUGUGCCGAUGAAGUGCUCAAUCUGUUCCCAUAUCUGCACUGGCGUCUCCCAUCUCUUAACUCACCGUAAAAACCACCACGGAACCGAAUCAAUGCUUCAAUGCGGUCGGUGUCAAGCCCGUUUCAAUUCGAUUUCCUCAAUUCGUCGUCACAUGAAUCAAGAGUAUUCUCUCUACGUCUGUCAGAAAUGCGGUCGAAAUUGCAAGGACUCUUCGGACCGUCGCGACCAUCUUUGUCCACCGGGACGCCAUCUCGCAAUUCGAAAAACGGUUUCGAGACGGCGGUUGCAAUCCGUCAUGUCUACCGUAACCACGGCGUCAUCAUCUGCCAGAAAAUGCGUGAAAUGUCCGACGUGUUUCGAGUCGUUUGCCACGUCGACUGUCAUGUUUAAUCAUCGGAUGACGUGUGAUCCACGUAAAUUAUCGAUUAGUGAUGAGAAGAGGGCGGAGCUUAAUACGGUAGAAGAGGAGAGUUCGACGAGGGAGAGUAGUGAGGAGCCGGAGGAGGAUGAGGAGACGCAGAUUUUGCAGUGCCCCGACUGUCCAUCACAAUUCAAUUUUCUCUGCGACAUUGUCCGCCAUCGACACGAAUCACACGGAAAAGAGCGUUUCGAGUGUCUAUUCUGUCCGAGACACUUUGCAAUUCUCCGCACCCUUCAGGAUCAUCAUAAUCUGGAAACGAAACGAUGGACAUGCCAUAGAUGCGACCGCCCGUUCUCCCGUCGCUAUCAAUCCGAGUAUCACGAGGCGUACUGUGGCGUUCAGCGUCAAGACGGCCCUAGGAAAUUCCCAAUUUAUAAUUAA